UAGUGGCAAUGGCUGAAGGCGGAAAGAGUGUCGCGAAGAAGGGCAACAAGAAAGCUUUGCCCAAGAAACCCAAAGACGGCAGGAAGAGGAGAAAGGCCAGGAAGCAGAGCUAUGCCAUCUACGUCUACAAAGUCCUCAAGCAGGUUCACCCUGACACCGGCAUCUCCUCUAAGGCCAUGGGCAUCAUGAACUCCUUCGUCAAUGACAUCUUCGAGCGCAUCGCUGGUGAGGCCUCCCGUCUGGCUCACUACAACAAGCGCUCCACCAUCACCUCCAGGGAGAUCCAGACUGCUGUCCGCCUGCUUCUGCCUGGAGAGCUGGCCAAGCACGCCGUGUCUGAGGGCACCAAGGCUGUCACCAAGUACACCAGCUCCAAGUAAACCACACAUGGAGUAAACCACAAACCAACGGCUCUUUUAAGAGCCACACACUCUGACUGAAAGAGCAAAUAAUCUAGACCUAAUGUUGCUGUAUAAAAACAAGAGAAAGACCAACAUGUAUGGUCCAGAGGGGAUUUCAGAGAGGACUGUGGACCCAUUGUCAACAUAAACAACUUCAGCUCAGCCUUCUAAAGCAACACAUGGAUGA